UAGAUUUGAUUUUUACGAUUGGUACCUGCAAGGCAUCAAACAGUUGGGACUUUAAACUUCAUCUGUCUGAGGCUCUUUUACACAUCCUCUGCCUGCCCAUAACGGGAUUUAGUUACAGAGCGUGUCCCAGCUGCCUCUUUACAGUCAGACGUUAUUACAGACUUCACUUCACACACCCUUGACAAUACGUGGGUUGUGCCAGCAGGUACGCGCACAAGCCCUUAUUUAGAAAGUCUAUCCGGUGCGUCACCGCUGACUGCGCCCGGAGCCACAACUUUUGACAAGUGCGGCUUCACUUAACAGCAGUCACCUCAUUCAAAUGGAAUAAAGACGACGAUGGAUUUCUUCUGGGGCAACAUCUUCCUCACUUUAACAGUCAUUAUUGACAAAGUCUGGCAAUCGCAGUCCUUCAACGUCGGCACUGCAGGUGCCAAGAUAUUUGUUGGCCCAGCAGCAGAAGAGUUUGGCUACACAAUCCUACAGACAACAAACCAUGCAGGCAAAUGGCUCCUGGUUGGUGCUCCAUGGAGUGGUUACAGUCAAAACAGGAAAGGUGAUGUCUACAAGUGUCCAGUGUCAGGGUCCAGAAACACAUGCGACAAACUCAAUCUUCAAGGUUCUGUCAGUAUUCCAAAUGUUAACACCCUCGACAAAAACAUGUGCCUGGGUUUGACUCUUACCCGGAUGACUGCAGUCACUGGUUUGAUGACAUGUGGUCCUCUCUGGGGACAGCAGUGUGGCUCACAGGACUUCUAUCCAGGAAUAUGUGCAAAAAUGAAUCCCCUCUUUCAGCUUCAACCUGCCUUCUCUCCUGCCCUCCAGACCUGUGGAGGACCUAUGGACAUUGUGAUUGUUUUGGACGGCUCCAACAGCAUUUAUCCUUGGGGUCCAAUUACUAAUUUCCUUAAGAAGCUAAUACCUGCGCUCGACAUUGGGCCCCAAAACACACAGGUCAGCGUCCUUCAGUAUGCUGUUGAUUGUAAAAUUGAAUUCAGACUGAAUGAGUUUAAAACCAAAGAUGAGAUGGUCAAUGCAGCAUCCAAAAUCACACAAAAGUACGGUCACCUAACCAAUACCUUCAAUGCGAUCCAGUUUGCCAGGGAGGAUGGUUUCAGUAAAGAGAACGGUGCUCGACCGGGCGCUGCCAAGGUGAUGGUGGUCGUCACUGAUGGAGAGUCUCAUGACAGCAGUAUCAGAGAGCAGGUCAUUGCAGACUGUAAUAAACAAGGCAUCACCCGCUUUAGUAUUGCUGUCUUAGGUUAUUAUAUUAGAAAUAACCAAAGUACAGUAAAGUUAAUAGAAGAAAUCAAAUCUAUUGCCAGCUCACCUAUAGAGAAAUUCUUCUUCAACGUGUCUGAAGAGGCGGUCCUCUCCACCAUUGCUGGAACACUGGGGGACCGCAUCUUCAGCAUAGAAGGCACUGGGGGUGACAGCUUCAAAAUGGAGAUGUCCCAGGUUGGAUUCAGUGCUCACUACUCCAGACAGCAGGAUGUGAUGAUGCUGGGAGCAGUGGGAGCCUACACCUGGAGUGGGACUGUCGUCCACCAAACAGGGUCAAACAUCAACAUCCUCCCUUUCUCAGCUUUUGAGGGAAUACUUCAAGACAAAAAUCACAGCUCAUUACUGGGUUACUCUGUCACCACACUGAGUCAUGGGUCUACACUGUACUUUGUGGCUGGUGCACCUCGCUCCAACCACUCUGGGCAAGUUAUUGUGUACACCAUCAAUGCCAGGAAACGAUCUAUUAUCAUCGAUUCAGCAAGAGGCAAACAGAUUGGGUCGUACUUUGGAAGCGUCCUGUGCUCCCUGGACGUGGACAGAGACGGGGUGACAGACCUUUUACUGGUUGGUGCACCCAUGUUCAUGAACGAGAUGAAAAGAGAAGUGGGCAUGGUGUACGUCUUCUCUGUCACCCAGGGUAUCCUGAACCAGCAGGGAUUCCUCAGUGGUCCAUCCCCAGAUGAUAAUGCACGUUUUGGGAUGGCCAUCUCUGCUGUUCCCGACCUGGACCUCGACGGUUACAGCGAUGUUGUAAUUGGUGCACCACUAGAAGACAACAGAAGAGGUGUCAUUUACAUUUACAAUGGAGAGAAGAAGACACUGAAGAAAGAUUUUUCACAGAGAAUCCUUGGCUCCAAACUGGAUCCUCAGCUGCAGUAUUUUGGAAGGUCCCUAGAUAGCGACAGUGAUCUGAAUGAUGAUACACUCCCUGACAUUUCCAUUGGUUCCUAUGGCAAAGUGGUGCAGCUCUGGUCCCGAGGUGUGGCGUCUGUGGCAGCUAAAGCUUCUUUCAACCCCGAUAAAAUUAACAUUUUAAGCAAAGACUGUGACAUUAAUGGGCGCAAGCAUUCAUGCUUCAAUACCAACCUUUGUUUCAGUGCUUCGUUCAGGCCUACAAAGCCUGUUGGACCCAUUGAUAUAUCCUACACUUUAACUCUGGACGCUGACUUGCAAGCUUCACGAGUAACAUCAAGAGGAAUGUUUACAAAAAACAAUGAACGCUUCCUCACAGAAAAGGCCAAAAUAUCUUCUGCACCCCUAUGUCGAGACUAUGAGGUUUACGUUCAGGAGACGCCAGACUUUGUCAAUUCUCUCAGUCUGAAAGUAGAAAUCGAGCAGCAGGACGCAGACGCCAAUCCCAUCCUUGAUGUGUUUUCUCCAAGUGCCUCAGAGUUCUUUAUCCCCUUCACAAAAGACUGUGGCUCUGAUGAAGUGUGUAUCAGUGAUCUGGUGCUAAGUGUGAACACAGACACAGAUGUGCCCAGCUCAGCUCCUGUUCGGGUCAGCGCAAAUAACCGAGAACUGAAAUUUGAAGUUGCUGUGAGGAACAAAAAGGAGAACGCAUACAACACUCAGAUCAUGGCCACGUACUCCAGCAACCUCUACUACUCCUCCGUCUUUCCUCCGACAGAGGGAGUCAAAUGCACCUCAGCACAAACACAAACUGUCACUUGCCAAGUGGGAUACCCAGCAUUAAAAAAAGACGAAGAGGUGAAGUUUAAGAUAAACUUUGAAUACAGUCUGGAUCAGUUGCAAAACCGAGCUGAGGUGAAAUUUGAGGCCAAGAGUGAUAGUAAAGAAGAAACACCAGCAGACAAUAAUGUGGACAUAUCGAUUCCUAUUCAGUAUGAUUCAGGGAUUGUUUUAUCCUGGCAGUCCAAUAUCAACUUCUAUGUGGCAGACGCUGCCACUCCAGUAGUAACAACAGUUAAAACUCUAGAUGACAUCGGCCCAGAGUUUAACUUCACAGUCAAGGUUUCAACAGGUCGCUUCCCUGUCAGCCUCCUCUAUCUGACUAUUGCUCUGCCAAUGACCACUAAAGGGGGAAAUCAGCUCCUCUAUGUUACCAACGUGGACACACAAGCAGGAGGUCCUGUCAGCUGUGAUACCAGCAACCUGGUUGAUCCUCUGAAGAUUGGUGUGAAGAGCUACACAGCAGCCUUUUCUGAGGAGAGCCUCAGAGGCCUGGAGACACUAGACUGUAAAAGUGUAAAAUGCGAGUACAUAAAAUGCAAACUCAAAGACACUAAAGUUAAGACAGACUACUUUGUGAAAGUUAAAACGAGGAUCUGGAGUGGCACAUUUCUAUCAGCCACUUUUCAGACCACUGAGCUGACCACCAUUGUUGAUGUUGAGACCUACAACCCCGAUCUGCUCAUUAUCAACCUCAAACAACUACCAGUGGUGGUGACAGUCAGUAAACCUGGAGAGAAAGCUGAUGUUCCAGUGGGAGUGAUAGUUGGCAGCAUCUUUGCUGGACUGCUGCUGUUGGCUCUGGCUGUUGGACUGCUGUGGAAAUUUGGGUUUUUCAAAAGAAAGUACCAGCAGCUUCAGAAGGAGGCCGCUGAAGACGAGCACAGACGUGCACCCACAGAUGAAGUGCUGUGAAGUGAAACCUGCAGUCUUCUCCCUCCACUGGAUCGUUUCCAGUGUGGAUACUGGUACGUCUUACUGGUUCUUGUAAAGUGCAAAUGGACCAUAGCUUAGUCACUGGAAACUGGGAAUUUUAAUAAAGAAAGGAAGCUGUUAAUUUUAAGGAUAAGACGGAUUUAAUCCUCUGUCCAUUUUAGAGAGGAUUAUUGUGCUGUACAGAGGGUUUUUUCUUUGUUUACUGUAUGUUGAUCAUUUCCUGCUAUGCACUGACUUUGAAUAAAUGUAAAAAUGGUAUUUUUUCCAAACAUGGCAGAACCAUACAUAGUGUUUUUAGACCUUUAUUUAUUUGGAUGCAUCAUUGUAAAGGCACUCCAUUUAUGCAUUGUGAUUGGGUUUGAGAAAUUCUAGGCAACAUGAUUGAAAAUAAUGGUUUCAAUCAAAAGACAAAGUCUUGUACCUCUGAAUAUGAAUAUUUAGCACACACACACACACACACUAUAGGCAGUCUGUAGUAUAAACUGCCUUGAGAACCCCUGUCACCUCUGGCACUCGGGCCUUAGUAGUGUAAAUGCAAAAAAGGAACGUUAACUCUCCUGGAAAUGGUGAAAUGUGUAAUUACUUUAUUUCUUUGUGUUUGUAAUGUAAAAAUUCUAAGCCAAAAUGAUGAUCUUUCACAUUGGGUUUUGUAUAUGAAAUGUUUAGAGGCAACGUGUAUUUAUGCCUCUAUCUCACUGAUAUUUUUGUAUUGAUAUUUUUAUGUGGCACAACUUGUUGGAUGUAAAUAAUUUUGUAACAUUUUGUUUAAAGUUGCAAAUUGUUUAAUUAUUUAAUAAUCUGAUUACUUGCAUUUUCUUGAUCAUUGAUUAAUGGCUUUUUGUAUUAAAUUUCAGAAAUUAGUUUUUUAAAAGUUCCUAUCACCGUUUCCCAAGUUCGAUGUACUGGCACAGCUUUGCCACUAGAUGGCAGCAUGAGAUCGAUGACAUGUUGGCACAGGUCAUGAUUUUGUAACUACUCACUAAUACUUGAUGGCCUCAGCACUCCAUGCCACUAUCAAUCAAUCAUGAUUUAUGACCUGGUUUUGACUGUGUUUCUCGUGUCCUUUCUUAUCUUGCCCCAUUUGCUUUCCUCCCCUUUCACUGGAACAACUCCAGAAAACUUGACCUUUCUAGGAACCCUACUUGGACUGCUUCCUUUUAAACGUCAGUGCAGUUGAAGUUUUCCCUCAAACUCAAUUAAUUUCCUCUCCCAUUUUUGACUUUCAUGUCGUUCCACUGUUCGGUUAGUCUAUCCCUCAACUGUUUUGGAAUGUGUUUCUAAAUGUUUUCCUUUUGGACCGGCCAACUCAAGCACCCAGCAGAGUGUUGAGCAUUUAUUUCUUUGGAUCUGGCAAAGUCGAAUAUGCUAUCGAACUCUAAUAAGUAGCAUAUUUUUUGGAAGCCUGGACUGAAGCCUUCCUUGUUGGAGGGGAAACAUGGGCGUUUAUAAAUGAUUGAACUGCUUUGUUUCACAGUUACUCAUGCACUACGUUGUUGUGAAAUAGCCUUCAGAUCUAUGUAUAUGUUUGCAGUGAGCAAUGUGGAAAUAGCAGAUGAAAUGAGAUACAGUAGAAGUGUUUGAACACCUUUAUAAAUUCAUCCCUCUGGCAUUUCCUGCAAAUGACUGACAGUGCAAACAAGUGACCCAUGCCACAAUGGCAAGAUUGCUCACAAAUCACUAGUGUUUUUGUGAAUAUUAAUAACAAAAGUGAUGUCAUAGCAAAUCAUUUAGUAAGUGCUGGUCUUAUUUUGCACUUGUGGACAUUUAGCAUAAUCUAAAUCUUAACUGUAAUCUGUACUCUUUCAUCAUAACUACUUUUAGGCUUUUGAAAAGACUUUUAAGAGGGUUGUCAUCAACUUGUCAAAUUACAAAUGAGCUUGCAUGGUGGAGGCCAGGUGGUGAUUUUUUUUCCAUUUAUUUCACUUGAUAGUAAAAACAUGUUUCAAAGAGAUAAACAUACAGCCACAGAAUAUUGCGGCCUAAAUCUUUGGCUUUUUAAAUACAAAACAUUCUCUGGUAAAUUAAACAAUAUAUCCUCCACUGCGUUAGAAGUGUUUGCACCCAGUCAGUACUCUAGUAAAAUCUCACAGCCCGGACCUGUUUGAGCUACU